UUUUAGGAGUUCCUAACGAUGCUUGGCUUAUGGAUAAUGAUGUAUUAAUUAAAAUUCAGGAAACACCAGAAAAAAUAAUUCGAAAACGACAAAUUCAAAAGAAACAAAAUUUUAGAAGAACUACGACAACACCUAUUCCGACAACUAUUAAAUCAAAAAUAUUAACUACAAAAUUGCCUUUAUUAACAACAACAACAAUUCGUCCGAUAUUACCAACAAAACGACCAAUAUUAACCACGACGACGAAUUUGCCUAUUCAAAAAAAUAAUUUUAUUAAUUCUAAUAUUGAUAUUCCUCCCAAUUAUAUUCCUGCGAAACAACCAAAUUUACAAGUUAAAAAUAAUUAUUUAAAAGGAGAAAAAGGAAUGCCUGGAGAAAAAGGAAUGACGGGGCUUAAAGGAAUGGAUGGAUUUCCUGGGCCACAAGGGAUGAAUGGAAUACCUGGGAAAAAUGUAAAAGGAGAAAAAGGAGAUGCUGGAAUGCCAGGACAACCAGGAUUGGGAGGAUUGCCAGGUAUUAGAGGCAAAGACGGUAAAGCAGGAUUACCCGGGUUACAGGGAUUGACGGGUCCUAAAGGCGAAAAAGGAAUAAAUGGGAUAAAUGGAAAUGAUGGACAACCCGGAGUGCCUGGGCCGCAGGGACCAGCCGGUAUGAAAGGCGAAAGAGGAAGUCCUGGACUGAAUGGAAAAGAUGGCUUACCAGGACCAAAAGGUGAUCCCGGUACGUGGGAGGAAAAUUUAAAUCCGUUAACUAAUAAACGAGAACUUUUUGACCCGGAGGAAGCACAAAGUGAAAGGGACCGAAUUAUAGAACAAAAUCAUGAGAAAAGUAGGCUAAAUUAUUUGGCUUGGCAAGAAUCGCAGGAAAGAGAGAAAAUAAUGCGUGACCAAUGGACUGAUUCAUGUUUAACCAGGAAUCACCAACUUGGAGUAGCAAAAAUUUUAGCGGAACAAAACCCGAGGGGAGCAGCUAGAUUGCUUUAUGGACGACAAGAUAUUACUGCUUUUUUGGAAAAAGAUACUAAAUUAAAAUGGACAUUAAGUUUGUGCACCCCUGUUGAAAUUGAAGAAAUAAUUUGGGAACAAAAAAUUAAUGGAAUUUGUUAUAAUUUACUGCCUAUUAAAGUGAAAGGGAAAAUUCUUUUUGCAUCUCCAGGAAGUCCUGAUUUAAUUUAG